AUGGUUAGUUGUAUCGAAAACCAAAAUGCUACAUCUUCCAAGCCUCUGGCAGGCGCAUCGAUAGGCAUAGGGGUGCUGUCGCUUGCCUUCAUCUUGGGAUUCCCUGGCAAUGCCUUCGUGGCAUGGACGGCCAUCUGCUGGGUUCGGAAGCGGACAGUCACCUGCCUCCUCAUUCUUCAUUUAGCCAUCGCUGACCUGGCAGUGCUCCUCACAGCCCCUCUAUUCCUGCGAUUCUUAAGUGUCAAGAAAUGGGAAAUGGGUCAGGCCAUCUGCCAAAUCUGCUAUUACAUCUGUGGGGUCAGCAUGUACGCGAGCGUUUCCCUCAUUUCCCUCAUGAGCCUUGACCGCUGCCUGGCUAUUUCCAAACCUUUCAUCUCACAAAAAAUCCGUACCAGGCGCACCAUCCGGCUUUUGGUUUUGGCGAUUUGGGUGGUGAGUCUUUUCUUAGCUGCACCUUCCCUCCUCUAUCGGAAAGUGGUUACUCAUAACGGCACAGCUUACUGCAUAUUGUGUCACCAAGAAGACAAGGAGCUGGUCUUCCAUAACCUCUUUGAAACCAUCACUGGAUUUCUGCUGCCUUUUAUUAUUGUUGUCUACAGCUACGGGAUGAUUAGUCAACGACUCAAGGAGACCCGUUUCCGUCAGAAACGCCGGACCAGCCGACUCAUUAGCCUCAUUGUGAUCGCCUUUGCUCUUUUCUGGCUUCCUUACCAUAUCGUCAACCUUUUAGAUGUGAUUGGUCUGUGGAGUGGCUCGUCAAAGAUUAAAAAAGCAGGGAAAAUGGCUAGGCCCAUUUUGGUGGCCCUUGCCUUUUUCAGUAGCAGUGUCAACCCUAUCCUUUACACUUUCAGUGGGAGCUCCUUAAUCCGAUCAUCUGGUAUUGGUUUCAUGGCCAAACUCUUUGAAGGAACAGCCUCAGAGGUGUCUAGCGUAAAACAUGGCACCAUCCGGGACCGGGAUGCCAAGACAGAACCCUUGAAUAAUGGGAAACCUGAGUCGUUAACUAUGUCUACUAACCCUACAGAUAGUAGUUCAGUUCAAGAAGGUGGAAAAGGCUUGAGGCUGCUCUCGUCAACUUGAAACUACACACAAGAGUGGGCAUUCAUAUUUCUGUUGUCAGUUUUUUAAAGGUCUUCUGAAGUACUAUAGAAAUGGUCUCUCUUACUUUUUUCUAUAUCUUCUUCAAUGAUAUUUUGUACGAGAUAGGCUGUUUCAUUUCUUAUUUGUUUCAUUCUGCAACAUGACUGCAAUUUUUGGAAUUUCAGGGACUAAAUAUGAAGGGAUUUUUUUUUUACCUGUCAUCAUACAGACAAUUUCAUAUUAUGCUUAGGAAGCAUUCCCAAGGAUUGUUGCAAGUACUGUGAAAACCUCUCUGAAGAUGUGAAAAGAUGAAUCAAUGACUUUGGGUUCAUUAAAUGUUAACCUUUAGAGACCAGGAAACAUCAAACUUGCAUACAGUCUGUCUCUACCCUAAUUCUAAC